AUGACCCCAGAGGCCAGAAAUACCUCCCACAUUGUGACUUUCUUCAUCCUCUCGGGUUUCUCUGGCCAGUGGGAAAUACAAAUCCUACUGUUCUCCAUAUUCUUCAUGACAUACAUCCUGACUCUGCUUGGAAACAUGGCAAUUGUGUGUGCAGUGCGCUGGGAUCGCCGGCUCCACACCCCCAUGUACAUCCUGCUGGCCAACUUCGCCUUUCUGGAGAUCUGCUAUGUCAACUCGGACGUACCAAACAUGCUAGCCAACUUCCUCUCCAGGACCAAAACUAUCUCCUCUACACGUUGCUUCCUCCAGCUGUACUUCUUCUUCUCGCUGGGCACAACUGAAUGCUUAUUUCUCUCCAUCAUGGCCUAUGAUCGCUUCCUGGCUAUCUGUCACCCUUUGCACUACCCCACUACCAUGACUACGAAGUUCUGUAACAGUCUCAUCAUCUUUUGCUGGGUCUAUGGUUUCCUCUGGUUCCUGAUUCCAGUGAUACUCGUUACCCAGCUUCCAUUUUGUGGCCCAAAUGUUAUUGAUGACUUUCUGUGUGACCUCGGGCCCCUGCUAGCUUUGGCUUCAGCCUGUGACCCAAUCCCAGGAACUGUCCUCAUAUGUGGUACCAUGAGCUCCCUCCUCAUCUUUGCCACCUUUUUCUAUAUUAUUGGCUCCUAUACCAUGGUGCUGAGAGCUGUGAUGCAGGUACCCUCUGCAGCUGGCCGAAGCAAGGCCUUCUCCACCUGCUCUUCACACCUGGCUGUCGUGUUUCUGUUCUAUGGCUCAGUCAUGAUGACAUAUGUGAGCCCAGGAUCAGGACAAGCAGAGGGUAUGCAGAAGUUCACAACUUUGUUCUACUCAGUUUUGACUCCUUUUUUCAAUCCCAUGAUCUAUAGCCUCCGAAAUAAAGAAAUGAAGGAUGCUUUGAAGAAAGUUCUAGGAGGCUCGUAA